CUCCACCCACAGAGCUGAAGGCCACAGGCACUGCCCACUUCUUCAACUUCCUGCUCAACACGACUGACUACCGGAUCCUGCUCAAGGACGAGGACCACGACCGCAUGUACGUGGGCAGCAAGGACUACGUGCUGUCCCUGGACCUGCACGACAUCAACCGCGAACCCCUCAUUAUCCACUGGGCAGCCUCCCCACAGCGCAUUGAGGAGUGUGUGCUCUCGGGCAAGGAUGGCAACGGUGAGUGCGGGAACUUCGUCAGGCUCAUCCAGCCCUGGAAUCGAACACACCUGUAUGUGUGCGGGACAGGUGCCUACAACCCCAUGUGCACCUACGUGAACCGAGGCCGCCGGGCCCAGGCCACACCAUGGACUCAGACGCAGGUGGUCAGAGGCCGCGGCAGCAGAGCCACAGAUGGUGCCCUCCACCCGAUGCCCACAGCCCCACGCCAGGAUUACAUCUUCUACCUGGAGCCUGAGAGACUCGAGUCAGGGAAGGGCAAGUGUCCAUACGACCCCAAGCUGGACACAGCCUCAGCCCUCAUCAAUGAGGAGCUCUACGCUGGUGUCUACAUUGAUUUUAUGGGCACUGAUGCAGCCAUCUUCCGCACACUCGGAAAGCAGACAGCCAUGCGCACGGAUCAGUACAACUCCCGGUGGCUCAAUGACCCCUCGUUCAUCCAUGCUGAGCUCAUUCCUGACAGUGCAGAGCGCAAUGAUGACAAGCUCUACUUCUUCUUCCGCGAGCGGUCUGCAGAGGCACCGCAGAGCCCCGCUGUGUACGCGCGCAUUGGGCGCAUCUGCCUGAAUGAUGACGGUGGUCACUGCUGUCUGGUCAACAAGUGGAGCACAUUCCUGAAGGCGCGGCUUGUCUGCUCUGUGCCGGGCGAGGAUGGCAUUGAGACUCAUUUUGACGAGCUCCAGGAUGUGUUUGUCCAGCAGACCCAGGAUGUGAGGAACCCGGUCAUUUAUGCUGUCUUUACCUCCUCGGGCUCCGUGUUCCGAGGCUCUGCUGUGUGUGUCUACUCCAUGGCCGACAUCCGCAUGGUCUUCAACGGGCCCUUUGCCCACAAGGAAGGCCCCAACUACCAGUGGAUGCCCUUCUCAGGGAAGAUGCCCUACCCACGACCCGGCACGUGCCCUGGCGGAACCUUCACGCCAUCCAUGAAGUCCACCAAGGACUAUCCUGACGAAGUGAUCAACUUCAUGCGCAGCCACCCACUCAUGUACCAGGCCGUUUACCCUCUGCAGCGGCGGCCCCUGGUGGUCCGCACGGGUGCUCCUUACCGUCUCACCACUGUCGCUGUGGACCAAGUGGAUGCAGCCGACGGGCGCUAUGAGGUGCUUUUCCUGGGCACAGACCGCGGGACAGUGCAGAAGGUCAUUGUGCUGCCCAAGGAUGACCAGGAGAUGGAGGAGCUCAUGCUGGAGGAGGUGGAGGUCUUCAAGGACCCAGCACCUAUUAAGACCAUGACCAUCUCUUCCAAGAGGCAACAACUGUACGUGGCCUCAGCUGUGGGUGUCACACAUCUGAGCCUGCACCGCUGCCAGGCCUAUGGGGCCGCCUGUGCCGACUGCUGUCUCGCCCGGGACCCUUACUGCGCCUGGGAUGGCCAGGCCUGCUCCCGCUACACAGCAUCCUCCAAAAGGCGGAGCCGCCGGCAGGACGUCCGGCAUGGAAACCCCAUCAGGCAGUGCCGUGGGUUCAACUCCAAUGCCAACAAGAAUGCCGUGGAGUCUGUGCAGUACGGUGUGGCAGGCAGCGCAGCCUUCCUGGAGUGCCAGCCCCGCUCGCCUCAGGCCACUGUGAAAUGGCUGUUCCAGCGAGAUCCCAAUGACCGGCGCCGAGAGAUUCGUGCAGAAGACCGCUUCCUGCGCACAGAGCAGGGUCUGUUGCUUCGAGCGCUGCAGCUUGGUGAUCGUGGCCUCUACUCCUGCACAGCCACUGAGAACAACUUCAAGCACGUCGUCACACGGGUGCAGCUGCAUGUACUGGGCCGGGACGCCGUCCAUGCUGCCCUCUUCCCACUGCUGGCUGGGAGCGCCCCACCGCCCCCAGGCGCAGGACCCCCCACACCUUCUUACCAGGAGCUGGCCCAGCUGCUGGCCCAGCCAGAAGUGGGCCUCAUCCACCAGUACUGCCAGGGUUACUGGCGCCAUGUGCCCCCCAGCCCUAGGGAGGCCCCAGGGGUACCCAGGCUUCCUGAGCCCCAGGACCAGAAAAAACCCCGGAACCGUCGGCACCACCCUCCGGACACAUGAGGCCAGCUGCCUGAGCCCAGCAAUGGGCCAGCUAAGCCCUCCUCCCUUUUAAUAUAAAAGAUAUAUAUAUAUAUAUAAAAUCUAUAUUCUAUACACACCCUGCCCCUGCAAAGACAGUAUUUAUUGGUGGGUUGUAUAUAGCCUGCCUCAGCGGCUAGAACUUAGACCCAUGCUGGUCAAAGACAGCAGAAAGCAGAGCCCACCUAACCAGGCCCAGCCAGUUGGCAGGGCCAGACUACACAGUCCCCAGGCUCAACUGGAAGUCUACUUGCUUGACGGCCACCGCCAAGACCUACAGGACACAGGGAGGGAGCAAGCCCUACUUGGAUGGUGCACAGACUACACCUUUGCCAAUGUGUGCUGCCAACCCAUGCUGUGACAGACACGGAUGUGAGGACAACUUUGGAGGCUGAGGGUGGGGGUUCAGGUGCACUAAGAGAAGGGAAGGGGCUGUCACAGGAUGUUGGCUCCUGCCUGGGUUGGGGGCACUCAGUCAAGGCCAACCCCUUCCCAGGUAUUUAUUCUCUAUUUAUUGGGGACAGGAGGAGUCCUGCCUGAGUUGGGCAGUACCUUCAGCCCCUUCUCCUCUCCCUGCCAUUGCCACCUUCUACCUCCUUAGCUUUUCCUGUGCCAUCUGGACUCAGGCUGGGAGAAUAGCAGAGGGGCCAGGUGCAGGCAAGGUUGAGGGGAGCCCCCCAGGCCCAAGGGGAGAGGGGGCCAUGAUGGAGGCCUGGGGCCUGCAGGGGCUCCCUGGAGCUCCCUUCUGCCCACCACGUCAGGCGAUGGGUGUAAAUAGCUCUACGGGGCAGUUGGGUAGAUGGGUGGAGGCUCCUGGUGGCCCUCUGUUGCCCAGGCCACAGCCGCCCUUGGGUUCCAUCUUGCUAAUAAACACUGGCUCUGGGACUAGA